UUAACCUCGACCCUAGUCAUUACAACAUGCAUUUCUACCUAUGCACCUCUAUUUUCUACAUGGUAACACAUAAGUGUGGGGGUGUAUAGAGUUGGACCUAAGGAUGGAUUUAGUCAUUUCAAUUGACCAAGUAAGUUGCUAAUGGUUUGUUUGGACAUGUUUUGUGAUUUUCUAUUAUGGGGACAAUCCAACCGAAGGUAAGAGUUUCAUUCCUCUUAGCACUAAGCAACGAAGAAAUCAGAACCGCCCUUGAAGAAAAGAACCAUAAGUCUCGAAAGAAGAACCAUGACCUCUAAUCGAGGAGGAACCACAAAAAGCACAACAAAGCAACCAGUGGAGGCCUCUAUAGACUUUGACGGGCCAUACUCACAAAAAAGAGCCUCCAAAGGGUAACUACCAUACGCUUCAUCUAUACAUCAAAGGCAACAUGGCAUUGAGGGCCAAUCUAUCUUUUCUUUCUUUUUCUUUUUAAAAAAUUAAUAUGUGUAAUAACAUAUAUGUUUGUGGUAGUUUAGCUAAUAUAUUUUUCUGUUUAACACUUUCUUCCUCUCUUGUGUGUAUGCUUGAAUGUCAAAUCUCUAGAUCUAUGAAGACCUACGCUUGUGCAUCCCUCUCAACCCACAAACCCCUAUGGUAACAUCUCUUGAACCCUACCUAUAACUCCCACGUUGAGGACAAUGUGUCUUAAGUGUGGGGGGAUACAUUUCUUACGUUAAAAGUUCUUGAUGAAUGUGUCAUAGUUGGUAGUAGCCUCCCUAUGAUUAUGAAUAUAAGACAGCGAUGAUUGUGUUGGAGUGUUUGCUAUCCAUUAGUUGAGUUUUGUGAUGUUGAAUUGCUUAGAAUUAAUGUUUGGAACCUUGAUGAUAUACCCAAAAAAAUUCAAAUUUAAGGGUUCCAAACAUCUUGUCCCUAGCAUCUACCUCCUCAGUGUCCUUUGAAUUGCUAGAUAGUUGAUAUGAUGUGUUUUAUAGGGAGUAGUUUGCAUUUACAAGAGCUCUUUGUGUAUGAGAGGUUUUACUCCUAUCUUCCUCUUUGGUGAGUUGAUAAUGUUUGCUACUUAGGUAAAGACGUGUGUGGGACUUUAUACCUAUUUUGGACUAAAAAAACGUUUGCAAAAUGUGCUCAACUAUGAAAAAAAUCUUUUGAAAUUUGAGGUUGUCAUGUGAGAGGCAACCGGACAUAGUGUUUGAGUUGAGUCGUGGAAGGGCUCUUCUCUUAGUCCAGAGUGCUAGUUGAGGAUGUGUUUAGGGUUCGUAUAGCUUUACCACAUCCCGAUCAUCUUUUACUACCUUCCAGGCCCCGAACACCUCUCCUCCUUAUGGGCUCAUAGGGCAAGGUACAAAGCACCUUUUAGUGAGUCACGAGACCUCGGCUCUCGUUUGCACCCGAAAUGUGUGGCAAACCGUUUAUCAUUGAGACGUGGAUUUCAAUCUGGGAACUAGUCCUCGGGCAAUGAAUCUGAACAUCAAGUUCCUCAGAUGGGGCCUUGAUAGAGAAGGCAAUGUUCCUUUCGUUCUUGAUCAUGAAGGAGAGAUACCUAUUCGCAGAAUUGCAAAUGCUUGGUGCCAAAUGCGGCGAAAGUUUUAAAAUGAGACUCAAAAUUAUAACUCCUACCUUGAAAAGAAAGAAUAAAGACCACCUUCAAAAAGUUCAUAGCUUUAAUUGUUUUUGAGAGUCCCCCGUGCACACUUUGAAUGUCUAAACCUACUUAGUCGACAUGGUCCUCAUCCGAGAGUUUGUGUUUUCAAAGUGAGAUGGGAGUAACAUUCACUCGACCCUGAUUAUUCUAACCAGUUCAAAGAAUAACUAUAAAUCAUAGCAGUUGAUUGUUUAUCAAGUUGUACUUGUUAUAAUAUGUUUGCUUAGGGACAAACAAACACAUAAGUGUGGGGGAGUUGAUAACACCCAAUAUGAUGUUAUUUAAAACCCAUAUUUAGGUUUGUUUUGCAUCAUUUCAUGGUCUUCACGGUCUAUAUAUUGUCAAAUAUACCAUUUAUUCGCACAUCAGAGAAAAUAUUAGCAUUUUAGGGUGUAUAAAAAAAUAUGAAUCUCUUAGGCAAAAAAAGGUCAUAAGUGUAGAAAAAGGGGCCAAAAUGGAGUACGCAAUUGAAGGAGUGAAGAUCACGGUCGAGAUGUAGGGGGUGCGAGGUAGAGCAUGAAGAUCGCAGCCUUCGACCGUGACUCAUGGAUCGCUACCAUGAAUUCAAGCGGGGAUCUCCAAAUCCAGACAAGAUCAAAGUUGCUGAAGUGAAGCCCAAACUGCGACCUCUGUCCCUCAGAUCAUGGCCGCAAUCUCCUACCUAGUGCCCGUGAACAUGCUUGUGUCCUCAAAAUUAUUUAAAUAGAGACUCCUCCCCUUGAGAAGAUAGCUGUUGGCAGAUUUUUUAUUCUAGAGUGAGAAAGUAGAGAGAAAAGCUGAAGGAAGAAGAAGACGAAGAAGAAGAAGAAGAAGAAGAAGAAGAAGAAGAAGAAGAAGAAGAGGAGGAGGAGUCAAAGAGAAAUAUAGCUCUCCUCAAUUCAAAUCUUCCUCUAUUUCUCUACAUGUAUCUUCAUCCCUCCUUUAUGGAGUAUUCCUCUAAGAUACUAGGGGUUAAAACACCCCAACCCUAGAACUAAGUUUUGGGUGUUUUAGGGUUAGACUAGAUUUGGAUGUCUUAAGUUCUUUUGAGUGAAUGAGGUGACCAAACACCUGCUAGAGGAAUGACUUCCCAAGACAAAGCUAGAGAUUAUGCAAGAGUCAUCGAUCCAUCGCUUUAGUGUGCAUGAUAGGUUGAACCUAUUGAGAGGAAAUAACGGUCCUUCCUUAAUACGUCAGCUUUGACUGAGGUGAUAAUGGGUCUCUGGGAGCGUACUAGGAGGAGGCGUAGUAAUCAUUGAAGCUCAGUUGAGCGAGUUCCCACCUUAUCCUGUAAACCCAACAUAGUUAGCCAUUUGCAUGACAAACCUAGGUUUAGGGCGAGGGAGUUACCCCGAAGUACCUCUUCUCUUUCAUUGAUCUCUAGGUCAGUAAUCGUCAACUGCCCACGUGCUAUGUAAUGGGCUGACUAGAUAAUGAUCGAGCCUAAGUAGUCCAGGAUAUUUUGACCCUUGGAAUACGACUUUGGUAACUACUAUACUACUUCUCCGAUCUAGGGUGCACUUGGUUCGUCGCUUUCUCUCCAGAAUAUGGAAGUAGAAACCAAAUUCGCAUUAAAACUCUUCUCCCCCUUGAAAUAUGAUCUCCUUCUCCUUUUAUACCUGAUAGUGCACGUUUCACGGUAAACCUUCACACCCAUGAAGUGUUCAGUGAAACCAUGGUCUUAGCGCAAAACACAUCGUUUCAAUUACACACUUCACGCCUUGAGCCAAUGAUCCUUGCACUACUGGCGAGACUUCCGAAAGCCCUUGGACUUUGUGUCUUCACAAUUUUGAUGCAUACUUCACGGUCUCCUACCGAUGAUAAUCUCCUUUAAACCGUUAUCCAUGCAACUUUGUCCCAUUUUCAAUCCCUUUCGUCCGACUUUCGAUCUUUUUGCUCAUUUCACCUACUAUAGCCUAAAGCAUAUUACAACAUUCCAAAACCUAGCGUAAAAUGACUCUAAAAACUAUACUAUACAAUUCAAACGACAAAACUAAAAUAGUAAAAAUAUGUAUAGAAUGACUCAAAUCACUAACAAAAAAAGUGUUAGGAUUUGUAUAAAGUUUGUGGUAAAUGGUAGGGCUGGGAAUCUAGACCAAACUGUAUGGGGAACCGCAGUCUAGACCGUAUUGUAUGAUUUGGUCUGGAUCGUGAGACCAGAAUUAUGGUAUGGUCUGGUUUGUGUUCUCUUCUUUUAGGGUGUGGUCUGAAGUGGUCUGGAUUGCGGUCUAUCGUAGUAAACCGUAACAGACCGUGACACACUAUCUACUUACUUAGAUCAAAAUAACACCAAAAUUAAACCUCCAUUUAUGUAUUUGAAGAACAAAUUUAGUUGAUUAUUCAUCUAGUUAUGUGCUAAUAGUUUUCCCACAUGAUUGCUUAUCCGUUAUCUCCUUAUCAAAGAACCACACAAAAACCAGAAAAAUUCAUAGAUAAUAUUCACCAACAAUGUCUAGACUAUGUAGUUGAUAAAACAUAAACACCAGAAAUCAUUCAUUCUCCUUGAUGAGAUAAACGACCAUCUUAGUGGUUCAAAACGACCUCGACGUAAUCACGAAUGUGAUUGAAUACGAGAACCUUCGGAUCACCCGAGAGAGGGAGAGAUGCGGUAGCACAAAGAGGAAGAGAAUAAGAGUGAAUUUUUUUUAACAUGGUCUGCGUGGUUCAAAACGUAGUGGAUCGCACCGCACAAGCGUGGUCUUGUCUGAACAUCUAUAAUAUAUGAUCUGGUCCAUAGUUUGUGUUCCAGGUUUCAAUCUCUCAAUCUAGACCGUCUGGUCCGGACCGCACCAUUUCCCACCCCUAGUAAAUGGCAAUAUCGGGAUUGUUUGGUUUUGGUGAUACUUAGGGUCGUUUGGUUUUGGUGAUAGUUUGGUUGGGAUAGUUACAAUGCAUCGUUUUUUUUUUAAUUUUAUGGACAAAUAAUACAUGCAAUGUUUGCUUGAUGUGACACAAACUAUCACUCAAAUUGAGUGAUAGUUAAAUCUCAAGUUUUGGUUGAGAUUGUUGUGUUUUUUUUUCUUCCAACUAUGUCCUUACCUUUUUAUGUGUGUUGCUUUUUUAUAAUAAAAACAGAAGAAUACAAAUGACAUUUCACCCAUAAAGUAAUAUAAUUUAUUUAAACAUUACAAUAAUUAUCACAGAAACCAAACAAUGUAAACUAAAAUACACCAAUUUUCUUAUAUACAUGUAAACCCCAAAUUGUAAACCUAACCCUAACCCUAAAUCUCUAAACUUUAAAUCUUUCAAAUUAAAGUAAAUCUUCAAUGGUUUUUGUGCAAAUUCAUGUGUGUUAUUGUUCAUCACAUCAUAAGUGAUGAUUGACAUCAUUUUGACAUAAAUCGCAUGUUUAAAGUGACAAUUAUGAAACGAGUGCACGGAAUGCAACAAAAAAAAGUUACUGCACCGAAGACGCCACCAUUAUAUAUAUAUAUAUAUGGUUCAUACUAGUGUUUGUCAUAUAUAUAUAUAGAGGGAUAUACUUGGAACAAAAAAAUGAACUCAACAAUCUCCUCAAAACUAUCUCAACAAUCUCAAGUUUACAUCACAUCAAGCAAACAAUACGUUUGUGUAGAAAAUUAAAAAAAAAAAACAAUGCAUUAGUAUUGUAAGCAAGGACCAGGAUACCGGACCGACCAGUCGGACCGGGAAAAUCGAAAACCGGAGGUAAAACGGCACAAUAGUGCCUGUGUACCCUCUAAAAUCCUGCCGGGCGGUAUUUGCGGUUGGACCGCAAUGGGCCAAAAUUUCGGCCGGUUUUAUUAAAACCGGGGGUCCCUUCAUUUAAACCAAACGGCGCCGUUGUGACACCGUUAAAAAAAAAAAGGAAGAGAAGCAGACUAGCAGAGACGAAACCUACCUUCGGCUGGCCAUUGCUAGGAGCGCUCUUCUCUCUACACUCUCGUCUCCCCGCGCCGCUCUGCCUCUCGAACUCAUUUCCACUUUUUCAGACCAGAAAUCAAACACCACCGGCGACUCGUCAUCCCCAGCAACCAAAGACAUCGCCGUUCACAGUCGCGCCGCGCUGGAGGAGAAAGAGGAGCUUCGUUGGUCGUUCCCAGCCGCGCCGUGCCGGACAAAGAGGAGAUUCGUUCGUCUUUUCCGGCCGCGAUACCUUCUACACACUGAGAUUAGAGGUAGUGUUUGUUUUCCCGACCGCGAUCCCCAUUUACUGCUCUCUCAUACAUUACUUUGCCAUUGCUAAUAGCAAACACCGAGCAAGUACUCGACAGUUUCUUGGAGCAGUACUUGGCUAUGGUGAUCGUAGAACGGAUUGUGUGAUUUCUCUUAGAAGUCCCAACAACGAUUUUAGAUGCACUAUUUACUUUCGCCUCCCUCACAAGAACUCUCUUUACGGAGUCACCCCUGCAUACUUUAAGCUUCAAAUCCACCUGAAAUCCAACAUUUUCCCAGAUAAUUCACCCAGAAAUAUCAUGAAAUAGUCAAUUUGAUUAGGGAGAGCAAUGAAGAUCUGUAGUUUUUGAACAUUAAAGUUUAAACUUGUGGUUUGUGAACAUUAAGUUUGUGGUUUUGUACUAGUUUCUAAAAAUGUAUUUGGAUGAUUAUGAGGUUUAUUAGGUAUUGAAAUUUCGCACUUUGUUGAAUGUUACCUAAGCUUAUUUACUCUUUUACAGUUUCUUAGGCGGUAUAAUCCGGUUUUAUUCCGGUAUUUUCCCGGUAUGGUACCUUAAUUUUGCCGGUAUGGUUUUUUAACAAAAAAAUAAUAAUUUUUUUAUUACAAAAACGGUAUUUACCGGUAGGAAACGGUUGAACCAUGAUUGUACCACAAUUUACCAUGUCAAAGACGAUUCCGGUUUGAUGUCCGGUACGGUUUCGUAAUCCAUGAUUAUAAGUUACAAUUUGUAACUAUCCAAAACAAACAAUCACCAAAACCAAACCAACCAAUUGUUCCAUUAAUCAACCCGAAAAUCCGAUGCCCCCUUUCAAGUCCGACACUCUGUCGGUGAACGUCAACUGACUACCAAAUACCCCCAUCUCUUUCCCUCUCCCUCUCUCUCUCUCUCAACCGGGAUCCUAUCCCCGGCGAAGAAUUUGCCGGAAUGUCAGGUCCUGCCGGCCAGGUACUGCUUGUUCUUCCUCGCUUCCCUUCUCCGGCGCCUCCGCCUUUGUCUCGUCUCGUUUGCCCACAAUCUCUCUGUUCUGUUUUUUCGGCUUCUUUCACUUUCAUGUCAGUUGCUCUUUUUCUUAUUCUCUGAAUCGUUCUGUUCAAUCUUCUGGACUAGACAGUUGGCUUCUUCUUCCUCCUCCUCCUCCCUUUUUCUUGUCCUCUCAUCUGAGCUCUCUGCUUUUGGCCUCUGCUUUCUCUUCCGAUCUCUUCCCCCAUUGUCUUUUGCCCCACUUUUUGCUUGUUUUUUCGCCUCUUUCGGAAUCACUGGUACAUGUAUCCUCUUUCACUCGGAAUCUAAUUUUCACUCAGUGGAUUUUGGGGUGCAAUGCGGCAGACUUUUUCCUGCUGCCGUUUCUACUUAUCUCCAACCUCUAACCUUGUAUGCCUUUUGAUGCCUAGUUGCGUUAGUUGCCCGUCUCUCUCUUCGUUACGGCUCAAGAUGCUCCUUUCACUGUUUUUGUCUGCUUUUGCCACUUCUUGAGCUAAUUUGAUUUGGGGUCUGGUUUUCAAUCAGGGCCAUCACUGAACAGAUGAUGUGAAAUGUUAUCGAAGAAUAUCGCCGAUUACUGGGUUAUGCAGUAAGUAUCGUCUUCAUUAAUUCUCCCUUUCUCUAUUCCUUUCUUUAUCCAGGGACCAAGGUCUUUGUUCUGAUUUUGAUUAUGCUGUUUUCUUUUCAAGCUUCCCCUUUUCUUUCUUUCUGUCUCGCUCCCGACCUUUCUCUCCGCUGAUUCAGCUAGAUUUCAUUCGGAAUCGGUAACUUUCACCUCUCAAAUUUGUGGGUUUUACUUAAAAAAUCAAUUCAAAAUGGCUAACAUCGGACAUCGGUUGCUCAAUUGAUUUCAACCCUAUGUGCAGUUUGGCGGCUUUUUCCUUUUGUGUAUUUGCAUUUCUUCUCUGUUUACCUUACCUUCGUCUCUGGUGCUGGUCCUCUUUAGUGGGUUACUUGAGAAAGCUUGGAGUAAUUAAUUGUCUCGACCUGUACCAAAACAGGUGCUGAGAUGAAUCGGGUACAGAAUACCAAGUCACAAUCCUUAGAGAAGCAUUUCCCUGGAUGCUUGGGCAGAAUGGUGAAUCUUUUUGAUAUAGCGAAUAGUGUGAAUGGAAACAGGCUGCUGAUCAAUAAACCGCACAAUGGUUCUCCACUGGCAAGGAGUCAAUCCGACGUAGUGAGGAUGAUGGGUGCACCAUUUGGUGAUCAGAUCGAGGACAAAAUGAUUGUGUCGGAGUUUGAGAGAUGCUCCUCAAAUAAAAAGGCAAGUGGAACACCAAUGAAAACCCUUAUAGCUCAAGAGUUGUCUAGAGAAGUAGAAGGCAAACAAAAGCCACCAAAUCUUGUUGCUAAGUUGAUGGGACUCGACGCCCUUCCACAUCAGCAGCCUGGCUCGGGCGCACAAAGAAAUCACACAAAGGGUUUCUCAAGUCGGUCACUGAGCCACUCGGGAAUUCUACUGGAAUGUCAGGCAUCAGAUCAGAAUUUUACGGACAAGGAAAUGCAUUGUGCGGUCCACCGUUUUCCUGAACAGAAUGACAGCAAAGAUACGACAUAUGCACUGUGGCAGCAGUCUCUGACCAAAAAGCUCAGAGGUGGCUCACCCCAGAAGAGAAGGCCAGAUGGAGAUUUGAAUGACAGAAAGAUGGCUCUCAUUCGACAGAAAUUCAUGGAACUCAAAUUGCUGGCUACUGAUGAAAAGGGCCGUAGGUCCAAAGAAUUUCAAGAAGCAUUGGACAUCUUAAGCUCCAGCAGAGAUUUAUUGCUCAAGUUUUUCCAGGAACCAAAUUCAUUGUUCUCUCAACAUAUCUAUGAUAUGCUGGCUGUUCGUCCACCUCCUGAGACAAAGCGCAUAACUGUUCUUAGACCGUCUUCUAAGGUGGCUGAUUGUGAUAAAAUUGCAGGGUUAGAAAAGAAGGGUAAUAAGAAGACCACAGAACCUGCCCAGAUGAAUCAGGCCACUGCUGCAUGGGACAGCAAUAACUCUGGAUGCUCUCCUACAUUUUCAAAUGAUGAGUAUUCUUGUACUCAACCAACCAGGAUUGUAGUUCUAAAGCCUAGCCCAUCUAGGACUUAUGAUAUUAAAGCCGUGAUUUCACCGCCAUCGCCAACACUAAUGGGAGAAGAGCUUAAUGGUGAAGCUGAAGAUCACGUGUCACAAGAAUCCAGAGAUGUUGCAAGUGAGAUCACAAUGCAGAUGUGCGGAAAUCUGAUGGGUCAUCGGCAGGAUGAAACACUCUUGUCAUCUGAUGUAUUCUCAAAUGGCUACACUGGCGAUGACAGUUCAUUCAACAAAUCAGAAAUUGAGGACCCAACUGAACACCUUAGUGAUUCAGAAGUAGCAUCUCCUACUUCAAGACAUUCAUGGGAUUAUGUUAAUAGGUUUGGCAGCCCAUACUCUUCCUCAUCUUUCAGUCGUGCAUCCUGCUCUCCAGAGUCAUCUGUUUGCAGAGAAGCAAAGAAGCGGCUUUCUGAAAGAUGGGCCAUGAUGACCUCAAAUAUGAGUUUGCAGCAGCAGGACAACGUACGAAGAAGUUCAAGCACUUUGGGUGAGAUGCUUGCUCUGUCUGAUCCAAAGAAGCCAGUGGUGUGUAAGGAAGAGCCUGAAAACAAUGAACAAGAGCUUGAGGCAUCAACUUCCUCUUUAGCUUGUAACCAAACUAGGGAGGACGAUGGCGACCAGUCUCCUGGAAUUCUUCUGAGGUCUAAAUCUCUUCCUGUCUCGUCUUCAAUAUAUGGUGUCCGACUGAAUGUUGAAAUUUCUAAUUCCGAGGCUGUCAAAGCUGAAGUCCCCAAGGAGUUGACCAAGACAAAGAGAAUGAAAUCAUCUUUAAAAGGAAAAGUUUCCAGCUUAUUUUUCUCGAAGAACAAGAAACCAAAAGAUAGCAACAGCGCAUCUCAAUCUGUCACCGCAGAUGUGCCAUUGCCUCGUCCUGGAGAAACUGGCAGCUAUCGAUCUUCAUGCAUUGACAAAAAUGGCACGGAAGAGUGUUGCUCUCCCAAUUUGGAUGGAUCAUGUGAGAGUUUGAAACAAGGCGUUGCUUUUCAUGAGGGAGUUCUGACAGUUGCUAAGCCAGAAAUCGCAGGGAGUAUGAGGGAGAACCAAGACCAGCCCAGCCCAAUCUCAGUAUUGGAAGCACCAUUUGACGAGGAUGAGCUCAAUAUUGGGGAGCUUUGUGCUAGCAUAAAGCUAGACCGACGGGGACCAGAACUACUAUCCAAGUCUAACUUAAUCGACAAGUCACCACCGAUCGCUCGGACGCUUUCUUGGGACGAUUCCUCGUGUACAGACACUAUUGCAUCAACAUCGUCAUCAUCAUCUUUAUCAUCCUACUCACUGAAACGCUUAAGCGCGGAGGAAGAAGAAAGGGACUUGCUUUCCUUCAUGGACACGCUACUGUCAGUAGCUGGCUUGGGUGGGCAUUCGCAGAUGGAAAUGGAGGACUCAAAUUUCCCAAGGCGGCAUUCGCAGCAGAACCCGUUAGACCCAUCGCUGAGAGACAAGCUUGCCAGCCAGACGGAUAAGGAAGUUGCUGUGGUGCAUGAAGCAACGAGGAGACAGAUAAGAUCGAGCAGGAAGCUUUUGUUUGACUGUCUCAAUUUGGCACUCAGUGACGUUAUUAUUAUCACAACUAGUAAUGGGCCAGACAGUAGUAGCAAGGUGGCAUGGCGGGGAUGCCGUGGUGGGCCCACUACUGCGAAGGUUGAGCCACCACCGGCCAUGGAGGCGGUGGAGCAUGUGUUGGGCCGGUUGAGGGAGUGGGUGAGGAGGGAGAAGGAAGGCGACGGCGGGGCCAUUGUGGUGGAGAGCGUGAUGAGGAAGGAGGUGGCGGGAAAAGGGUGGAUGGAUGGGCUGGCGGCGGAGGUGGAGAGUGUAGGGAAGGAAAUACAAGGGAAGUUGCUGGAAGAGCUGGUGGAGGAGGCGGUGGUUGACCUGACGACAGCUGGUUAGGUGUCAGGCGGUGAUUGUAUGAAUGAUAAUGAGGUUUCUUCUGCGUAAAUUUCCUCCUCUCUUUUUUUUGGUGGGGCUGUUGAUUUUUUAAUAUAUAUGUUCACCUGUUCUCUGUGUAUUCAUUUGUAUUAUUUUUUAUUCUGGGGAGAUGGGGGGAAAAAAAGGUAAAGAAGAGGGGGAAGUAGAUAAGAGAUGGUCCUGGUGACUGGCUGGCAGCUAUUAAUGUAAUACUGUCGCAUACUUAGUUACUUACUGCCCUGAAAAAAAAUUUAGGGUGUGG